AUGCUUCUGGAGCAAAACUUGAUUACUGCCGAUAUGCAGAAACACUCUUUGACAUUCUGGUGGCCGGUGGAAUGCUGGCCCCAGGUUUUUAACAAGUUAAUCAGGUGCUACAAAUACCUGGAGAAAGGUUUUGAAGAUGAAGUUAAAAAGCUGCUGCUGUUCUUAAAGGGUUUUUCAGAGUCGGAGAGGAACAAGCUGGCUAUGUUGACCAGUGUUCUUCUGGCUAAUGGAACACUUAAUGCAUCCAUUCUUAAUAGCCUUUAUAAUGAGAAUUUGGUUAAAGAAGGGGUUUCAGCAGCUUUUGCUGUAAAGCUCUUUAAAUCAUGGAUAAAUGAAAAAGAUAUCAAUGCAGUAGCUCCAAGUCUUCGGAAAGUGAGCAUGGAUAACAGACUGAUGGAACUUUUUCCUGCCAAUAAACAAAGCAUUGAACACUUCACAAAGUAUUUUACUGAGGCAGGCUUGAAAGAGCUUUCAGAGUAUGUUUGGAAUCAGCAAACCAUAGGAGCUCGUAAGGAACUCCAGAAAGAACUUCGAGAACAGAUGUCCCGUGGUGAUCCAUUUAAGGAUAAAAUUUUGUAUGUCAAGGAGGAGAUGAAAAAAAACAACAUCCCAGAACCAGUUGUCAUCGGAAUAGUAUGGUCCAGUGUAAUGAGCACCGUGGAAUGGAACAAAAAAGAGGAGCUUGUAGCAGAGCAAGCCAUCAAGCGCUUGAAGCAAUACAGCCCUCUCCUUGCUGCCUUUACAACUCAAGGUCAGUCUGAGCUGACUCUGUUACUGAAGAUUCAGGAUUAUUGCUAUGACAACAUUCAUUUCAUGAAAGCCUUCCAGAAAACAGUGGUGCUUUUUUAUAAAGCUGAAGUUCUGAGUGAAGAACCCAUUCUGAAGUGGUAUAAAGAUGCACAUGCUGCCAAGGGGAAACGUGUCUUCCUUGAGCAAAUGAAAAAGUUUGGAGAGUGGCUCAAAAAUGCUGAAGAAGAAUCUGAGUCUGAAGCUGAAGAGGGUGACUGAAUUUGAAACUACAUCCUCAGUAAAGCAAACAGGAGUUGUAGAUAAAACGUCAUGUCUCAUGUGUCCUGGUUCUUACAUCUUCCUACCUCCCUAUAUCAAGCAUGAUAUAAGGGCUUUCAUGGCAAAGUUCAUUUUAACUGUU